CUGGAAUUUCCCGUCUGCCUGCCACAACCAACCGCGCCAGUAGUCCAAGGGAUCUGCCAUGAGCUCACCUGUUGCUACGCCCGAGCUCAGCUACGAGUCUGGCAAGACUCUCAUGGCCAAGGGUCCGCAAGUGUUGCACGACCUCAUGGCCACCAAGAUCCCUGCUGCAACAGGACGUCCCCUACCGGAGAUGGAGGUGCGCUUCAGCAACCUAUCGCUAUCCGCCGACAUCGUGGUAGCCGACGACCACGCCACUAAGUACGAGCUCCCGACGAUCCCGAACGAGCUCAAGAAGACACUCAUGGGUCCCAAGAAACUCACAGUCCGCAAGGAGAUCCUCAAGAACGUCAGUGGCCGCUUCGCUCCGGGCAAGAUCACGCUGCUAUUGGGUCAACCGGGUUCUGGCAAGUCAGCGCUGAUGAAGGUACUGAGUGGCCGAUUCCCUAUGAGCAGGAAUAUCACAAUGGAGGGGGACAUCUCGUUCAACUCGGUGGCGCACAAGGACAUCGUGGAUCGACUGCCGCAGUUCGUGUCGUACGUGAACCAGCGAGACAAGCACUUCCCCACGUUGACAGUCAAGGAAACUCUCGAGUUCGCCCAUACUUUUUGUGGCGGGAAGUUGCUGGAACAAGGCAAGGGGAUGCUCGAGAUGGGGCACCGUACCACCGACGCCGAAGCGCUUGAAGCCACCAAGAACAUCUUCGCACACUACCCGGAGAUUGUGAUCCAGCAGCUGGGUCUGCAAAUCUGCCAAGACACUGUGGUCGGUGACAACAUGUUGCGUGGUGUGUCGGGCGGUGAACGCAAGCGUGUGACGACUGGCGAGAUGGAGUUCGGUAUGAAGUACAUAUCGCUCAUGGACGAGAUCAGUACGGGUCUCGACAGUGCAGCCACGUACGACAUCAUCAACACUCAACGCAGUGUAGCUCAUAGACUGCGCAAGACCGUCAACUGCCGCAAUUUGAUCGACUACUUCGAGAACAUCCCGGGUGUGGCUCCUCUUCCGGUUGGAUACAACCCGGCGACGUGGAUGUUGGAGUGUAUUGGCGCUGGUGUCGGCCAUGGAACAGAAGACUUGAUGGACUUUGUGAGCUACUUCAAGAACAGUCCGUACAACCAGCAACUGGAGACUAAUAUGGCCAAGGAAGGCAUCAUGACGCCGUCUCCGGAUCUUCCCGAGAUGGUGUUUGGCAAGAAACGCGCUGCUAACUCGAUGACACAGGCGAGGUUUGUGAUUUGGCGCUUCUUCCAGAUGUACUGGCGUACUCCGAGCUACAGUCUGACGAGAAUGUACCUGUCCAUCUUCUUGGCGGUUCUGUUUGGCUUGAUCUUCGUGACCAACGACGACUACGCUUCGUACUCUGGUCUGAACUCGGGUGUGGGAAUGGUCUUUAUGUCUGGAUUCUUCAGUUCGAUGGCUGUGUUCCAGAGUGUCAUGCCGCUGACGUGUGCUGAACGCGAGUCGUUCUAUCGGGAACGAGCAUCGCAGACCUACAACGCCUUCUGGUACUUCAUGGCGUCGACGCUGGCGGAGAUCCCGUACUGCUUUGUGAGUUCGCUUCUCUUCACCGCCAUCUUCUAUUACUUCGUGGGCUUCACAGGCUUCGCUACGUCCGUCGUCUUUUGGCUGGCGUCGGCUCUACUUGUGCUCAUGUUCGUGUAUCUGGGCCAGUUCUUCGCGUACGCCAUGCCGUCCGAGGAAGUCGCGCAGAUCGUGGGAAUAUUGUUUAACAGUAUCUUUAUGAUGUUCAUCGGCUUCAGUCCUCCAGCGUACGCCAUUCCGUCGGGCUACACGUGGCUGUACGACAUCUGCCCGUUCAAGUUCCCGAUUUCCGUCCUCAUUGCUCUGGUUUUCGCGGACUGCGACAAUGAACCGACUUGGAACGAAACCACGCAGGCGUACGAGAACGUCAACUCGCAGCUCGGAUGCCAACCUAUGGCCGACGCACCGGAGACUGUGGGUCACAUCACGAUCAAGGGAUACACGGAGGACUAUUUCGGCAUGAAGCACCACCAGAUCGCGCGUAACUUCGGUAUUACGAUUGGAAUCAUUGUGUUGUUCAGGAUCUGGGCUGCUCUGGCGCUGCGUUUCAUCAACCACCAGAAGAAGUAA